AUAUUUUACACGAGCACGUUUUUAUACAGGUUAGCGUAAGCAUAUAAUAUUUAGUAUAUAAUAUGUAACAUGCAUCCACCAUAAUGCAGCCAGUUGUAUAAACGAAAGGAUUAAAAGUGUUCAUUUUUUAUUAUUGUUUACAUGUAUACCUAUCGUAUUUUGUUCAGUAAAAUAAUAAGUAGGGAUCUAUCUAUGCGGUAUGAUGGCAUAUUUCAACAGAUUUCAACAGAUUUCAUUGGAAGUUAUGUUUUAACGCGCAUAGAGGCGUUUAACUUUUAAACAAAAUUAGUUAUAGAUAUAAAUAAUAAUAAUUAUAUAUGAAGAAUAAUUUCGAUUUGUGAUUGGAAAAAAAAUGAAUAAAUUCAACAAUAAAACAUAUUCCUACAAUAUCGUGCCAAUAACUUUCGAUGAUAAAAAAAAUGUCAAAGAAUUUUUAACAAACUUUUUUUUUCGACAAGAGCCGUUAAUAGUGUGUUUAAAAUUAUUCGAAGAUGUUAACUCAUUGGAAAAACUUAAAAAUUAUGGCUUCAGAACAUUGGAUAAUGGAUUAACGCUAAAAGCAGUAUCUCCUAAUGGAGAUUUGAUAGGUGUGAUUUCAAACGAAAUAUUGUCUAGAGACAGUGAAGAACACAAUAACUACAGCGAUGACAGUAGUUGCCAAGAUGACAGUGUUAAGUUUAAGAAAUUUAUGACACUUUUUAAAAAAGUCGAACAAGAAUCAGACGUAUUUAAAAUGCAUCCCACGUUAAACCGUGUUAUGGACAUUAAAAUAGUUGCGGUGGAUGAAGCAUUCAGAGGCCAAGGAGUGUGCAAAGCUCUAUUUGAUAAAACAAAAGAGUUGGCGUUGGAGAAAAAAUGCUCAAUGUUACGCGUCGAAUGCAGUAGUUAUUUUUCAGGUAAUGCUGCGAAAAAACUUGGAUUUCAGUGCGAGUAUUCAUUGCGGUAUCGAGAAUAUAAGAACGAAAAAGGUGAAUUGGUAUUCGAUCCGCCGUCUCCUCAUGAAUAUUUUAAAGUAUAUACACUUCUUAUUGAUAAAUAAUAACAUCGAAAUAAUAUAGGUACAAAUAUAUAAA